GUGGAAGUGCCAAAAGAUAGAUAGAUAGACAUGCAGAUAGCAAUAAUAAUGCACCUUCUCUUCACUGUUUUUAUUAAAGCUUAAUCCACAAUGCACAAACAUAUUUUCAAUAUAUUUGGUGAGUUUAUAUACAAUUAUAUAUUAUUAGGGUUAUUUUUUAAAUUUUCAUAUUUGAUAAAGGUGUUUAUGGAAACCCCUUCUCCUAAAUCAACCUCAAACUUUUUUAACCAUAGGAUGUUAUACCCAAAGUCCAUCAUUAUAAAUAGGACAUUGGCACUGAGGGAAAUAAACGGGAGAUAUAGUUAGCUUUAGCAUACACUACUAGUACCCACUACUAGCAAUGGCUUCCUCAAUGAUCUCAUCGGCUACCAUUGCCACUGCCUCUCCGGCACAGGCUAACAUGGUCGCCCCUUUCACCGGCCUCAAGUCUGCCUCUGCUUUCCCAGUCACCAGGAAGGCCAACAACGACAUUACUUCUCUCGCAAGCAAUGGCGGCAGAGUGCAAUGCAUGCAGGUGUGGCCUCCUACUGGAAAGAAGAAGUUCGAGACUCUCUCAUACCUCCCCGAUCUUACACCCGUGCAGUUGGCUAAGGAAGUAGAUUACCUUCUUCGCUCAAAAUGGGUUCCUUGCUUGGAGUUCGAAUUGGAGGAGGGAUUCGUGCACCGUAAGUACUCGAGCUUACCCACGUACUACGAUGGACGCUACUGGACCAUGUGGAAGCUGCCCAUGUUCGGGUGCACCGACUCGGCUCAGGUGUUGGAGGAGCUUGAGGAAUGCAAGAAGGCAUACCCCAAUGCAUUCAUUAGAAUCAUUGGCUUCGACAACGUGCGUCAAGUGCAGUGCAUUAGUUUCAUUGCCUACAAGCCUCCAGGCUUCUAAGCUUUUUAUAAACUUUGUCUCUCCAUUUGUUUGAAUUUGUACUCAGAAAAACCAUGUUCUUUACCUUUGCUUUUCUCUUUCUUUGAGUUAUUGGCCUUUGUUUCUUGAUUUCUGGGUUUUAAUCCUUUUUGGAUUUUCGUUGGAAAAAAGGCUGAGAACUAAUGAAUAAAAGUUGGUUUUCUUCCCAA